AUGCCUACUUUGGCGGUUACCAACUUCAACAUCAUUGUCGGUGUGCUGGGAGGAUGGAUAUCGCUGUUUGGACUUGUGUCGUACCUCUGCAAGGAGAACUAUUACCUGUCUGAAGCUCUGAUUUCCCUCUUGGUAGGCGUAGCCUUCUCGCCCCCAGCCGCCAAUCUCAUCAGACCGCUGGAAUACGCCGGCACCGAGGAAAACGUCGAUAGCGUCACCCUCGCCUUCUCUCGCCUCGUCCUCGGCGUGCAGCUCGUCCUUGCCGGCGUGCAGCUGCCCAGCCGCUACCUCCGCACCCAGUGGAAGCCCAUGGCCCUCCUCGUCGGGCCCGUCAUGACCUGCAUGUGGCUCGCGACGAGCCUGCUUGUCUGGGCCUUGGUGCCGCACCUGCCGUUCCUGCACGCGCUCGCCGUCGGCGCCUGCGUUACGCCCACAGACCCUGUGUUGUCUAACGUUAUUGUCAAGGGGCGAUUUGCGGAUCACAACAUCCCCAAGGAGCUGCAAAACUUGAUCAUUGCUGAAAGCGGAGCAAAUGACGGGCUGGGAUAUCCAUUCUUGUUCUUCGCGCUGUAUCUGAUCAAGUACAUUGGCGACGGCGGCAAACAGCAGUCUGGAGGAGCUGGCCUCGCGAUGGGGCUGUGGUUCGGGGAGACGUGGGGGUACACCAUCAUUCUGAGCAUCAUUUACGGUGCCACUGUGGGUUGGUUGGCGAGAGUCUUGCUCAGGUGGGCAGAGAGUCACAAGUACGUCGACCGCGAGAGCUUCCUAGUGUUCGCGAUCUCGCUGGCGCUCUUCAUCGUGGGCACGUGUGGAAUGAUUGGUAGCGAUGAUGUGCUGGCAUGCUUCAUUGCCGGCAACGCCUUCACCUGGGACGAUUGGUUCCGUCUCGCCACCGUCGAUGAUUCACUGCAGCCUACCCUGGACAUGCUUCUGAAUGUCUCCGUCUUCUUGUGGUACGGGGCUGUCAUCCCGUGGAACUCGUUCCUUCACAACGAAGUUAUCCCGAUCUACCGGCUCAUCCCGCUGGGCAUCCUGGUACUGAUGCUCAGACGGCUUCCAUUCGUUUUUGCGAUCCACAAGAUCAUCCCGCAGAUCGAGGAGGUAAAGCAGGCCAUCUUUGUUGGCUUCUUUGGCCCCAUUGGAGUGUCUGCCGUGUUUUACCUUUAUGUUACCCUCGAGUUCUUGCACACCCUCAACGAGGGCGAAGAGCCCCGAUCUGACGUCAAGAACAUGGGUGAGGUUGUCCGAGUCGUCGUCUGGUUUCUGGCAGUCUGCAGUAUAGUGGUCCACGGGCUGAGCAUCCCGCUCGGCAAGCUCGGCUACUACGCGCCCCGGACGCUGUCCCGAGGUGUCUCAUUCAUGAGUAGUGACGGUGAUGAGCCGCGUUCGUUCCGCAUCCGCGGCAGAGCUGCAUUCCCGUUCAGCCGGUCCAGGUCCAUGGCAUCCAAUGGAGUCGCGGAUGCCGAGUCCGGCACCCCGUCCGAUGACGAGGGCGGCCGGACAGUCUACAGAAUUGGAGGUUCCAUCAUCCACGGAAGGAUGGCCGAUGGUCCUACUUCAGGCACGUCCACGCCGAAGCGUGCCGAUGAUCCGCCCCGUCCAGGUCCCGAGGCCGGAGAUGUCCGGACUGAGGGGGUGGCCGACCAGCCACCGCCACUUGAGCUUCCCAAUCGCACCAUCCGGUUCCCUGACGAGGCGCCUGCGUAA